AUUCUGCAACGAGGCUUGUCGCUUCCUUGCACAAUCAGCGCAACAGCAUAUCUCUAAUUAUUUUGACGUGAAGACAACAAAAAGAUGAAGGUGGAAACGGAAGAACAUCACGUGGAGCAGGAGAAAGGAGAGGAGACACCCGCGUUUUCGACUUCCAAAAAAGUUCGAUUUGAUGCCGAGGUAAAACCUGGACUUUCGUCAUCAACAUCGAGCAACUCGAAGCCAAUCACCCCGCAACGACAAGUCGAUUCGCGUCGUAUCAAAUUUGGUUCAGGGAAAGGCCAUCCGUGUCGAGACCUAUUGACGUUACUCAGUAUUGUAGGUAUUUUGCUGGUCGUCACGAUGGAUUUCUCAUCGGACACGCCCGAAUUUGACCCGGAAGAGCGCACUCCGAAGGAAAAGGCGGCAUCCCGACUAAAUAAAGUCAAGGAAUCUUUAGAACGGAGUUUGCAGGACCACAUUGAAGCUACUAGACGAAUGGCAAGCUGCGAUAUUUUUAUCUCGUCUAGCUCUAUACCAGGGACCGGAAACGGCCUAUUUGCUGGGCGAGCAUAUCAGGAAGGCGAGACUGUUCUAUUGGAUACGAAGGCAUUCGGACACCCGAUCUUGGGGCUACCGUCGAAUGCGGCACUAUCUCAAUACGCUUUUCUUGUCAAGCAUCAUCCAACUCUAGUGAAUUUAGAAGGUUCUUUGUUCCAUGUGGACUUCGACCAUUUCAAAGCCGGUGGACAAACGUUCCAAUUCAAGGCAACACAGCAAAUUAAAGCCGGCGAGGAGCUCUUUGUAUCCUUUGAAAAUCAUCCACAAAGCUCAAGUUUAUUUCCUUCGAAGGAGACACUCCCGUUUUUGCCUUACAUCCCAACUUAUAACGAUUACAACACAAUCGACUCGAUCCUCGACGAUGUUAAAUCGACGGCCCGUCGCAUGAGCAUUUCGCACAGUCGGCAUCGUCGGAACAUGCUGAUCGACAGCAGCCACAUUCUCAAACUAGCCCGCGGAAUCGUUGGCCGCUUACACGAAUCGUUGGCCGCUCUCAUCCCGUCGACUGGAGACGCUUGGGGAAAGCGUCCAGACAAUACUCCUUCCGUCUGGACUGCUCUGGAAAAUCGGACUCUGGUGUCGCUGCAACUGAGUGGAUUCUGCUUGACUGAUAUGAAUCAAGAAAAAGAUGGUACCCUAUUCGUCACUAGAAACGUCUCGAAAGGAGAAAUUGUUACCGUAGCACCUCUGCACGUUGCCACUCAUGCAGCACUGAAAGCAGCAACGGAAAAGUCUGCCGCGGAAGAGGCUUGGUGCCAAACUUCCGCAAGUGACCGUUGUUUUGGAAAAGCUGGCUCUUCACUAGUUUUAUGUCCCAUCACGAAUGCAGCUUUCAUAUCGAUCAGCGUAGACGUUGAGAACGUUGAGUUCCAGUGGAGCAUGAAUCAAGUGCCUUCCCAGUCCGCUGAUCAGGCCAUAUCAAGUCCUGCAGGUACCCUUUCCUGGAAUAUAUUGGCGCUACGAGAUCUACAUGCAGGUGAAAAGUUGGUCGUGAAAGGCUCCAAACCAAGUGGCUUCGAUUUUCGAGUUUUGGAAAAGACGGAUUUAUUCCCAUGGUAUACCGCAGAAACCGCAAAUGCGUAGAUUAUCCGAAAAUUACAAUUUGCUUCCUCCGUUUGUGUAUAUUGCUCAUUUGAGAAACGAUUUUCUGUUGUUGAGCUACUAGAGUCGGUUGACUCGGGAGCCAGCGAUCGUUAGCAAUUUUCACUUUUUAAACACCAUGAUUCUCAAAGAGG